AUGAUUUCAACUGUGGUGCAGUGUGUAUUGUUUUUAUUCGCCAUUUACUGUUCCUACGUCUGGCGCAAUCGGUGCUCAUGGCAAUUGCUGAGCCAGUUUCCCGGGCCAAGGAACCUUCCUCUGAUCGGUUCCGCCUACGUUUUCAUAACCGAUGGUUUUAAAUCAUCGAUGAAAAGGAACGGACAUGUGGAAGGAAUCGAACAGGAUCUUAGCGGCUACAUCUAUGCCGGCCACGAUACAAGUGCACUUACUCUUUCUAACACAUUGCUUCUUCUCGCUAUGCAUCCAGACGUACAAGAGCGAGCUGUGACUGAGAUACGGGAAUAUUACGGAGCUUUUGAUGAAGAUAUUCAAUAUGAGGCGCUUCAACAACUUGCCUACCUCGAGAUGGUAUUGAAGGAGUCUCUUCGGUUAUUCCCGGUAGCACCGAUCGUUGGUCGCCAAACAACUCAAGAAAUCGCGUUGGGAAAAAAUAUUUUGCCCGCCGGGGUUGAUGUUUUAUUCAACAUUUUCAGCAUCCAUCGUAACCCCUCGUACUGGGGAGAAGACGCCGAUCAAUUUCGGCCAGAACGGUUUGCUACGAAGGCUUAUGAUCGAUCUGCGUAUUUGCCCUUUAGUGCGGGAAUGAGGAACUGUGUCGGUUGGCAGUACGGGAUGAUUUCGAUGAAAAUAAUACUAAUUAAGCUUCUUACUUCCUACCGGCUGGAGACGGAUUUGACGCUUGAAGAUUUCAACAUGAAAUUUAACAUCACUAUGAAAAGUGCCCGUGGAUACAUGGUUCGGUUGACGCGUAGACAAUCGUCGUGA